UUAGGAUGAACAAAAAUCCAAGUCUCUCCUCAAUGGCUUCUCAGUCAUCCCUCAGCAAGCUUUCGAUGACCGGAAAAAAUGUGACAAUGACACUGAGGAAAAAUAAGGGCACAACUUUUAGAAAUUUAAAACAGAGCAGGUCUCAACCUGAACUUCUAUCUGUCAAAGACAUGAUCAAUGUGCAGACUAAGCAUGGCUCUCCAUUCGGAAUCACAGAGUAUACAGUUCCUAAAGGAGCGCAUUUGUUCCCAAAUAAAAUUCCAACAAUGCAUGCCAAGUGCGCCACAGGGCUUGUGGAUAGCUUCAAAUAAGCUGCAUGCCUACACCCCAAGUCCUGCUGCUUACGACCAACCCAACAACUGGAAAAGUUCUAUAUUAGGAAACAUGAAAGGGGGAAAGAAGAACACUUACAUCGAACAAAUCUGCAGAGAAGAGAAAAUUAAGCCUAAACCAGGUCCUGGGGCCUACAAACCCUCCAUUAAUUUCACACAUAAGAGAAACUCCUUAGGUGUAAUUGACAAAGGAGAGAGAGUUCCCUUCACCUCGAAUGCUGAAUGGCUAGCAACACAGAGUCCUGCUGGAACUUAUACUGAAAAGAUCAAGCUUCCUGCCCCUUUCAAGCACAAUGUGAAAAAGAAAGGAUGGAGAGUCCAGAAAGUCGAUGGGCCUGAUCCACAAUCGUACAGCCUCAAAGAAGCUGCAAUCGACAAACAAGUCAAUAAAGUUUCCCCAUCUUGGAAGCAGAGUAAGGGCAAGAGAAAGUUCUUCACGGAUAAAGCUGAGAAGAAAAGUCAGCAAUCCCCUGGAGCUGGGAUGUACAACACUAUUGAUUACAGCAAGAUUCAUAGAAGAUUGACUACAAGAAGACAUUAACAAUGCAUUAAUUUCUGUAUGUAUUCAGAUACUA